CAGACAUUCAGCCACGGGUCCAGCUGGCGUGGAAACUAUAUCGAGAAUGAACAGAGUACUUGCGAUACAUUAUCAAGAUCUGAACGCUACUCCGCUCACUUGACAUGCACCAGUUAUUGCCUACCCCGUCUCGCCUAUUAAGCCCGAAGGAUUAGUGAGGGAUCUACUGGCACGUCUUAAAUGGAAGCGCUUCGACUUUGGUGGUAAUAAUCGUCGAAAUCCUUGACUAGUUUUAAUGAAAUCAUGGCGAACCCACCUCGGCCCCUCUGGCGUCUGACAGCUACAGAAAUCUUACCACUUCUUCAUUCCGGACAGGUGACGGUGACAGACUAUGCCAAGUCUCUGCUCGAACGUAUCCAAGCCCGCAAUCAUGUCAAGGCAUGGGUGUGGCUGCCACCUUCGCUCAUUCUACACCAAGCGAAGGCGCUCGACGACAUACCCACCGAUGAACGUACUAUGCUUUACGGCCUGCCCAUCGGCAUCAAGGAUAUUAUUCUCACUAAAGACAUGCCAACACAGUAUAACUCGCGGAACUACGAGAGCGAGGACCCGAUCAAUGCCGACGCUAGCUGCAUCUUGACGCUCCGAGCGAACCAAGCAUUGAUCUUCGGCAAGACAACCACAACCGAGUUCGCCUCUACUAAGCAGGGAGGCUGGCACCAAAACUUGACAUCGAAUGUUCAUGAUCAGUCUCGAACACCCGGUGGCUCGUCGUCGGGCUCAGCGGCCGCAGUCGCAGACUUCCAAGUCCCUGUCGCUCUUGGUACGCAGACAGGCGGCAGUAUCGUGCGGCCUGCGAGCUAUAAUGGCUGCUACGGAUUCAAGCCAACUCAUGGUGCAAUUUCCCGAGAAGGUAUCGCGCAGUGGUGUCCUACACUUGAUACCUGCGGUUUCUUUGCACGGACUGUUGAGGAUCUCGAACUGCUCAGCAAUGCUUUUCGCAUACUUGACGAUGAACCCGUACCAUCUCACCCGUUUGAUUUGAGGACAGCCAAGAUCGGCUUCUGUAAUUCAUACAACUGGUCCAAAGCCGGUCCCGGAACAGUGGGUGCAAUGGCGAAAGCCAGGGAUUUGCUCCGCCGGCAUGGUGCGCAGAUAGAAGAAGUUGAGCUUCCCAACGACUUCGCAAGAGUCCUCGAUUGGCACGCUAUUGUUCUUGCUGGUGAAGGCCAGACCUCGUUUCUGGGCCGAUACCUCGCUGCGCAGUCGUUACUUCACGAGUCCAUCAAAGGUUAUGUGGAGAACCACAAGCAUGUUCGCCACGCCGACCUACUAGCCGCUUACGACGGUGUCGCCCGCUUGCGUCCCAUCUUUGACAACAUCGCUGUAGGGUACGAUGUCAUAAUCACACCCAGUGUUAUAGACGAGGCGCCAGUGGGUUUGGAAGACACUGGCGAUAUGUCUAUGUGCUCGACCUGGACCAUCUUGCACGUCCCUGCGAUUAACAUUCCAGGCUUUGCUGGAGCGCACGGGAUGCCGAUUGGUUUGACGGCUGUUACUGCGCGGUACCGAGAUAGACAUCUUUUACAUGCUGCGAAGGCUAUUGGAGAGGUGUUUGAAGGUGAAGGUGGUUGGAAGGCCAGCAACCUAUGA